AUGCACCAAAGACACCAUACAAGAAAUUCAGGAAUGCUAAGUGGUAUCCUGUUCUCAAUCCCUAUUGCUGGAAGCGAAGCCGAAUAUCACGCUCUGUCUUACACAUGGGGCAAGGACGAAAAGAAAGAAGCGAUCAGUACGAAUCUCGGCUUGGUCUAUGUCACUGCAAACUUAGACUCAGCCAUCCGCCGGCUUCUAUGCGACUACGGGCCUGGUAUUUGUGUUUGGGCAGAUGCAUUAUGUAUCAAUCAAGAUGAUGCAAGAGAGAAGAGCAGACAGAUUCGUUUAAUGCCAUCGAUCUAUAGCAAUGCUAACUUGGUGGUGGCCUAUCUUGGACGGGAAGACGAAGACAGUGAAGCUGCUAUUGAGCUAGUCAAGAAAAUAAAUGAAAUCAGCUUGGAGAAGACCAAACCAAAGCCCAAUGGAUUUGAUGACUUGGAAAGUUGUGGGCUACCGCGUAAAGACGACCAGACCUGGACGGCUUUUCAACGAUUCGUGUCCCGAGCUUGGUUUCGCAGAGUCUGGAUUAUACAAGAAUUUGUCCUCGCCAGAAAUAUCAUUCUUCUUUGGGGACUUGGAAGGCAUUUGAGAUUUGAGGCUCUCAUUGUGACAGUUCUACAAAUUGCAAAGCUCGGUUUCGUGCCUUUCGUGUUCGCCUACCAUAAUUCCAACAAACCGCCUCCUCUGAAUUAG